AUGUUCUUCUCCAGGUUCUCGUACCACCAGCAGCCAAGUAGUCUAGGCGAUGCAUCAGCUGCUCCGUCCGACGACAGGGACCACAACCUCGCGGUGCUCCUCACCUUCGGCAUCUUCUUCUCCUUCAUCCUACUCUGCCUCGUCGCCGGCGUCAUCUGGGCCUCUGUCGUCACCGCCUGCGCCGUCGCGCUCUCCUUCUGCUACCUCAAGAUUCGCCAGCGUGCCGCUCUGCGUCAUAGAGCGGCUAUGCGCGCCGCGCGGAGCCGUGGCGGGACGGAAGCGGCGGUUGUCCUGUCCGCGAUCCCGGCGUUUGCGUACAAGCGGGAGAGUGGUAUCGGCGGCGGCGGAGACGCGACAGGGUGGGCGCAGUGCGUCAUAUGCCUGGGGCUGGUGCAGGUCGGCGACGUGGUGCGGCGGCUGCCGGUUUGCAAGCAUCUGUUCCAUGUGGAGUGCAUUGACAUGUGGCUGCGAUCGCACUCGACGUGCCCCAUCUGUCGCGCUGCCGUUCAACCCAACGCCGCCGGCCAGCCGGAGCCACCGCCAGUUUGA